AUAAUCAAUGGAUAAAGUGGGGAAAAUGUGGAAUAACUUCAAAUACAGGUGUCAGAAUCUCUUCGGUCAUGAGGGAGGAAGCCGUAGUGAAAAUGUGGACAUGAACUCCAACAGAUGUUUGUCUGUCAGAGAGAAAAACAUCGGCAUAGGAGACUCAACUCCUCAGCAACAAAGCAGUCCCUUAAGAGAAAAUGUUGCCUUACAACUGGGAUUAAGCCCUUCAAAGAAUUCUUCAAGGAGAAAUCAAAAUUGUGCCACAGAAAUCCCUCAAAUUGUUGAAAUAAGCAUCGAAAAGGAUAAUGAUUCUUGUGUUACCCCAGGAACAAGACUUGCACGAAGAGAUUCCUACUCUCGACAUGCUCCAUGGGGUGGGAAGAAAAAACAUUCCUGUUCUACAAAGACCCAGAGUUCAUUGGAUGCUGAUAAGAAGUUUGGUAGAACUCGAAGUGGACUUCAAAGGAGAGAGAGGCGCUACGGCGUAAGUUCCGUACACGACAUGGACAGUGUUUCCAGCAGAACUGUAGGAAGUCGCUCUCUGAGACAGAGGUUGCAGGAUACUGUGGGCUUGUGUUUUCCCAUGAGAACUUACAGCAAGCAGUCAAAGCCUCUUUUUUCCAAUAAAAGAAAAAUCCAUCUGUCUGAAUUAAUGCUUGAGAAAUGCCCAUUUCCUGCUGGCUCAGAUUUAGCCCAAAAAUGGCAUUUGAUUAAACAGCAUACAGCUCCUGUGAGCCCACAUUCAACAUUUUUUGAUACAUUUGAUCCAUCUUUGGUUUCUACAGAAGAUGAAGAAGAUAGGCUUAGAGAGAGAAGGCGGCUUAGUAUUGAAGAAGGGGUUGAUCCCCCUCCCAAUGCACAAAUACAUACAUUUGAAGCUACUGCACAGGUUAAUCCAUUAUAUAAACUGGGACCAAAGUUAGCUCCUGGAAUGACUGAAAUAAGUGGGGACAGUUCUGCAAUUCCACAAGCUAAUUGUGACUCGGAAGAGGAUACAACCACCCUGUGUUUGCAGUCACGGAGGCAGAAGCAGCGUCAGAUAUCUGGAGACAGCCAUACCCAUGUUAGCAGACAGGGAGCUUGGAAAGUCCACACACAGAUUGAUUACAUACACUGCCUCGUGCCUGAUUUGCUUCAAAUUACAGGGAAUCCCUGUUACUGGGGAGUGAUGGACCGUUAUGAAGCAGAAGCCCUUCUCGAAGGGAAACCUGAAGGCACGUUUUUGCUCAGGGACUCUGCGCAAGAGGACUACCUCUUCUCUGUGAGCUUCCGCCGCUACAACAGAUCCCUGCAUGCCCGAAUUGAGCAGUGGAAUCACAACUUUAGUUUCGAUGCCCAUGACCCCUGUGUAUUUCACUCCUCCACUGUAACAGGACUUUUAGAACAUUAUAAAGAUCCCAGUUCGUGCAUGUUUUUUGAACCAUUGCUUACUAUAUCACUAAAUAGGACUUUUCCUUUUAGCCUGCAGUAUAUCUGUCGCGCGGUAAUCUGCAGGUGCACUACAUAUGAUGGAAUUGAUGGGCUCCCUCUACCCUCAAUGUUACAGGAUUUUUUAAAAGAGUAUCAUUAUAAACAAAAAGUUAGAGUUCGCUGGUUAGAACGAGAACCAGUCAAGGCAAAGUAAACUUUCCGGUCCCCAAAGGGUGUUAACUAGGUCCGCUUUCAUGUGCAUCAGACAGUACACCUAUAGCAAGCACACGUAGCAGUGUUAGGCUUUUUCAUACAGUAUGUAAGCUUAGUGUUAGUAUCUGUCAGAUGCGACCUGCUGUUACUUAUUCAGAUAAAUAUGGUGCCUAUUGGAACACCAGAGGAUAGAGCUACAGGUGUUAAGUAAGACUACAAAAACAUUUUGCCGAUUUCGCUAACAGUUUGGUUUUUAAUGGCUGUAGUAUUUGAGUGAGGCAACUCUGGGGCAUUUGUUAUGAAGAAUUCUAUUUCUUACUGAAGAACAAAUUAUUAAUAUUGGAUGAGUAUUUCAACAGUGUGACUAAUGUUUGAAAUUAUUUUUUCUAAGAGUUUUUCUAUAACCUUCCAAAAAUAGUGAUGUUUGUAGUUACUAUAAAUCAAGCUUUGGAAGUCCAGAAAGAAUAAAAGACUGCCUUCCUUUUAGAAAAAAAUGCAAUUUUCUGGCCACAAGGGCAUAGUGCAGUUCACUUACGUGUUGAUGUAGUUUAUAAUCAGACGCCUUUUCUCUUCUGCAAAAGGUACUGUUAAGUAAACCAGAUUUUCUAAAUAGUCAUUCUUAAAAUUUCAGACUUACAAAGCUAGUAGUAGAAUUUUAUUGAAAGGCCCUAGGUAUUAAUUUUUUAAAUGAGUGCUUUAACUUAAAACAGGCGUUUGGAAUAGCUGCUGCAAUGUAGUCUUGCGUGUGAUUUUUUUUAAGUUGAUGUGCAGUCUAAUUGUUGUUUCCUAAAAGUUGGAUCUGUUCCUAUGCCCAGGAUGAUUUUGUGAACCAUGAAGUACAUGACACUAGAAGAUGCCCAAACAAGUCAGAUAAUAGUAACUACAGUGGUUGCUGAUGUUGAGAUAUUGUUGAACUGUAAUUAAUAAUUUGGAUGGCAGAAUUUGUCUCUUUUUUGUAAACUCUCAUAGCUGAAUUGCUUAAGUAUAAUUUAUAGAAUUUCAGUGCAGUUAAUUCUUAAUGGAAAAUCUGAAACCUAAAUUGCAGAUUUAAAAGGUACUGUACAACCAUUAUAUCUGUAAAUAACUUUACUUAGCACCUUUUUGUCACUUAGAAUAAUAUGUACUACUACUUGAGUGAGCUCUUUUGGAAGUUAUAUCAAGUUCUAGUGUUUGCUUCUUAGUAACUGAACUGAAUUUACAGUUCUGUCCUAGACAUUUUGCACUACAGUAGCCGAAUCCAUUCUUGUGUCUUUUUGUUAAUGUGCUCUGUACCACUGGUGAGUGCUCCAUAGUUUCCUUACCUGCUGCUACAGAAUGUUAUUUUACAUCCCUAUGGCUAUUGCCAAGGCUACAAAAAAGAAGAGCUAUAUUUGUAUGCAACACUAACCCUUUGACUGCUAAUGUAUGUUUCUGCUUGCUGUGCCUUGUUAUGGCUGCUUUUUUUGUGCUAAUAAAGUAUGUUUGGUGUUCUCCUUGUAUAUCUGCUGUUUUAUACAUUUGCAACAAUUUCUCUUGUAAAUGGAAUGGUUUGGGGUUUUUAAAUAAGCAUUAACUAACAACCUUUUCAUAGUUAAUGCAGACUUACUGUACAGUCUAAUAUUGACUUAUCAAAAUAAGCUAACUCUAAAUUUAAUGCUCUACAUCUUAUCAGUCAUAAUUAUAUAUACUGUGGAGCAGUAUAGUUACUGCAAAUUACUGUACAGUUUAGGUUAUAACAGAAAACUGACAGAGAAGUAAUAAAUCUUUUGAUUUCUCUGCUUAUAAGUGAAAGAUUGAAACUAUCCAAUGACAUAUUAUAGUAAAUGAGUAUCUGUAACCUCCCACUGCAUCAGAAGCAGGUUAAAUGAAGUCUUGUGAAUUUGUAAUACAUCAGUACCAUUUAUUGGUUUGGGGACCAUCUUAAUUAAAAAUAAAUGCCCAAAAUGUAGAACUUUAACCAAAGACUUGUCCAUUUUAAAGCAAAAUGGGGAUUGAAGGGACUUAGAAUUUCUGUUGUUUCUAAUUAAAGUCCCUGAAGAUCAUAUACCAAAGUGUUUGAGAACUUCAUCCAAACCUACUUUAAAGCAUUAUGUGCAAUUAAGUUGUUAUGACAUAAUUAUAUCGCAUAAUUGUUGGGUCUGUUUUCUUGAGCUUAUAAUGUACCUGGAAAAUAAACCUCUUGAGAAACAAAAAGUUCAUACUGAUUAUUGGAAAAGGACUAUAUAUGUGAGCAAGAUUGUGUUUUAGAGAGGAAACUUGAAACUCCAAGAAAGCACUUGAUGUUUUUAUAUGCUUGUAGCAAAUUGAUGUUCUAACUGUAGUUUUAUAGAAAGUAUUAAUGCUUUUAUGUAUUUCAAAACUUUCAUAUGUUAAAUGGAAAUUGUUUUAAAUGUGUUUGAGUUUAUGUAAGCAUGUAUACACUGUGCUAAAAGUCACUUAUGUUUCAGUUUGUGUAUAAUAAUAUGCAAUUUUUGGUUUAAAUUUUUUUCUUAAAAUAUUAGUGGCUUACAUUUUCAAAAACAAAAAUCACCAGCAUGAACUUGCA